AUGCAGCCAUGGCUUGUCUUCUAUGUUGAUAUUGACAAUGGCGGGGAACUUACCUUCAUCUAUGUCCUUCCAUUUUCGGCGUUUCGGCGCCUCGGCUGGCUCCGCAGUUUCAAAGUCGAGGAUUGUGCGGAUCUACUAGCUUUCGGAUGCGAACACUUGGUCGAGAGUCGACUGGCUGCCGGCCUGCAUCCGCGUGAUGGAACUCGGUUUCAGCCAGAGAUCCAGUGCCCUAACAUCCAGCCACUCGUCCGCAGCCUCAUCCUGUUGGACGCUAUGCCCACCCCCAUUAGGGGUGGUGGAGGUUGA